AUGAUGCCUGGCCUGCGUCUGCAAGGCUGCCGCUCCCUGCACUUGAACGAGGACAACGGCCGCUUCGUGCUGCUCGCCCUCCUCAUCAUCUUCUACCUGCUGUGCGGCGCUGCGGUCUUCUCGGCCAUCGAGAGGCCCUCCGAGCUGCGGGCCCACGGCCGCUGGAACGGGACGCUCCGCAACUUCAGCGACACCUUCAAUAUCAGCCUAGGAGAGCUCAACUCUUUCCUGCGGGAGUACGAGGCUGCCAUCGCCGCUGGGAUCCGAGCUGAUGCUCUUAGACCACGAUGGGAUUUUACAGGGGCUUUUUACUUUGUUGGAACUGUGGUGUCAACGAUAGGUUUUGGGAUGACAACGCCCGUGACGAUCGCAGGCAAAGUGUUCUUGAUUUUCUACGGGCUCCUGGGCUGUGCUGCUACCAUCCUCUUCUUUAAUCUGUUUCUGGAGCGCAUAAUCACACUGCUGGCCGUUGUCAUGAAGGCUGUGAGGGAGAGACGGAUCAGAAACAGCGGUCUUCUCCCACCGGGGGUUCACCGGGACUUCUCCGCUUUUUGUCUCCCCGGAUGGAAACCCUCCGUUUACCACGUGAUGUUGAUUCUAGGCUUAUCAGCUAUCACCAUCUCUUGCUGCGCUUCGGCUAUGUACACUCCCGUGGAGGGCUGGGCCUACUUAGAUUCACUGUACUUCUGCUUCGUCACCUUCAGUACCAUCGGCUUCGGGGACUUUGUUAGCAGCCAAACUGCAACUUACGAAUACCAAGGCCUUUACCGGGUGGCGAACUUCCUCUUCAUGUUAACAGGGGUGUGCUGCAUCUAUUCGCUCUUCAACGUCAUCUCCAUUGUAAUCAAGCAAGUGCUCAACUGGAUGCUGGCGAAGAUGAGCUGCUUGUUUUGCCAGCGUUGCAAUAAGGCCAGCACCUUCCUGGGCAGACGAAAUGCCAUCCGGCCAGGUUCUAAGGGUCGCCACCCGCAAUACCAGGAUGGACCGUGUGACAGUGACACUGAGGGUCGUAGACUUUCCGGGGAGAUGAUUUCUAUGAAAGACCUGGCAGCAUCCAACAAGGUUUCAUUGGCCAUCAUGCAGAAGCAGCUUUCUGAAUCGGCUAAUGGUUAUCCCAGGACGGUUUGUGGUAGCUCACGCCAUAACGGUUUUUCUGGGGGUGUAGGUGCCUUGGGCAUUAUGAACAACAGACUGGCAGAGACCAGUAACUCCAGGUAG